GCAGGUUGUCCUAACGCAGCCACAGCACUUGGUCAUCGGUGGACGGUGUGGGGGGAAUGACUCGAAGAUAGCCUCGGCAGAAUGGAGUUUCCACGUCGCGUGGGACUGUUGGCCAGAAGAACUGGGUUUAAAAAAGACGCUCUUUGCAGAUCUGUGGUCACCUCACGUUUGGCACGCCAACUAACAAAUGGGACCCGCGUAGGUGGACUGUCACUGUUGACAAGCGUGCGAGGCCAUUUCUCGACUCAUGCCAGGUUCUCCACGACCGCCUCUGUGAAAGACUGCAAGGCGCUGCUGUACAAGAGCCACGGAGACCCGGUCCAAGUCGUUCAGUUGGACGGCAUGGAGCUGCCUGCAGUUGAUUACGGCAGUGUUCUCGUGAAGAUGCUAGCAGCCCCCAUCAACCCCUCUGACAUCAACAUGGUGCAAGGAACUUACGCCAUCCUUCCAGAUCUCCCCGCAGUGGGGGGCAAUGAGGGGGUGGGCGUGGUCACGGAGGUCGGCAGUCAGGUGACCUCUUUAAAAGUUGGUGAUUGGGUGAUCCCGAGGGAUGCCGGACUCGGCACAUGGCGGACAGCUGCAGUAUUCAGCGAAAAGGCCCUGACUCCAGUGCCCAAUGACAUUCCCCUGCUGUCUGCCGCCACGCUGGGGGUGAACCCUUGCACCGCCUUCAGAAUGCUGUCUGAUUUUGAGGCCCUAAAGCCAGGUGACUCUGUGAUCCAGAACGCAGCGAACAGUGGCGUGGGCCAGGCAGUCAUCCAGAUUGCAGCCGCCAGAGGCAUCCACACCAUUAACGUGGUUCGAGACAGGCCAGAUUUCCAGCAGCUCAGUGAUAGGCUGCAGGAGCUUGGCGCCAGUCAUGUCAUCAAGGAGGAGAUGCUGAGAAAGCCGGAGAUGAAAGAGCUCUUCAAGAAAGUUCCGCGCCCCAGGCUGGCACUGAAUGGAGUCGGGGGGAAGAGUGCCACAGAGCUGCUGCGACACCUGCAGAGCACAGGAACCAUGGUCACAUAUGGGGGAAUGGCCAAGCAACCAGUCACAGUGCCAGUGAGUGCCCUGAUCUUCAAGGACGUGAAGGUGCGGGGGUUCUGGGUGACCCAGUGGAAGAGAGACCACGCCCACGAUGAGGGGGCCCUGCGGGACAUGCUGGCCCAGCUCUGUGCCCUGAUCCGGGAGGGAAAGCUGUCCCCCCCGGCCUGUACCGAGGUGGGUCUGCAGGACCACACCAAGGCGCUGGCCAGCGCCAUGCAGCCCUUUGCCUCCACCAAGCAGGUUCUGGUCAUGUGACACCGAGGCAGCCAAUAGCUGCGUCCCAGCAUGCCCAGACAGGUAGUGUCUAUUCCCAUCACUGCCCUGAGCAGCCCACCAGAUGCAGGGUCAUACGGUGUGUCUCAGGAAGGCAGCUUCUCUCUGGCACACACCUCUCAAGGACGCGCUCAGUAAAGGUGUUAUUGGCAUACAGGCUCAAAGUCCAAUCAACGUUAUCAUC